AUGGAGGGGAAAAGAGUGGCAAUGUUGGUGGUAGUAACGAUAGUGAUGUUCAUAGGGAACCUUAUGGCUCAAACAGAGGAUCAAAAGAUCCCAUUUGAACAAUGUUAUCCAGCUUGUCUUAUAGAGUGUAAAGCUGAGUCAAAGUUUCCAAAGUAUUUUAAGUGUCCAUUCACGUGUAUUAAAACCUGUCUUCAACAACCUUCUCUACCGUCUGUUUCCUUAAACAAAAUCGAUGAUUCUGAUUACUUCUGCAAACUCGGUUGUGCAACUCACAAUUGUGUUUCUCUUUCUUCCCUCCAAAAUCCGAAUGUGGAAAAAAUAUCAGCUUGUGUGGACUCAUGCUCAAACAAGUGUACCAAGAAAAACUAGAAGCGA